AUGAAGAACGUCGUCGCGCUCGUCGCGUCCGCGGCGCUGGCCGCGCAGGGCGUCUCGGCCCACUACAUCUUCCAGUCGCUGGCCAAGGGCACGGCCAAGGGCCAGGCGUACCAGUACGUCCGGCGGAACACCAACUACAACUCCCCCGUGACCGACCUAGCCUCCAACGACCUCCGCUGCAACGUCGGCGGCGCCGCGGGCGGCAGCACCGGCACGCUCGAGCUCAGCGCGGGCGACCCGUUCACCUUCUCCCUCGACACCGCCGUCUACCACCAGGGCCCCAUCUCCCUGUACAUGUCCAAGGCGCCGAGCACGGCCGCCGCGUACGACGGCGGCGGCGAGUGGUUCAAGAUCUACGACUGGGGCCCGACCUUCAGCGGCGGCCAGGCCAGCUGGAACAUGAAGGACACGUACUCCUACACGAUCCCCAGGUGCAUCCCGAGCGGCGAGUACCUGCUGCGGAUCCAGUCGCUCGCGAUCCACAACCCGGGCGGCAUGCCGCAGUUCUACGUCGGCUGCGGCCAGGUCCGGGUGUCGGGCGGCGGCAGCGCCUCGCCGUCCCCCACCGUCCGCAUCCCCGGCGCCUUCAAGGCCACCGACCCCGGCUACACCGCCAACAUAUACAACAACUUCCACCAGUACACGGUCCCCGGCCCCGCCGUCUUCACCUGCUAG